UCCAGCCGAGCGCACACGCACGGAUUCCGCGAGACCCCAACCCCACCCCGAGAGUAUUCGUGUUGCGUUUGAAACACCCGCGCGUGCCCGCAAAAUAUAUAAAAGAAGUGAAGUAAACAAAAUUGAUUCAAUUUCUGCUGGGGCAGCCGGAAUUAUGCCCCGCCAGCUUCGUCGUCUUGUUGCGCACUGAAAUCGAAAUCGAGUCCAAUGACCAGCUCUCAAGCUGGUGCCUGUGAAAGAGUGCACACCUUUGGUUAGACAACAAAACACAUUGCAGACCUUGACCCAUGGCCUGUGAAGAGCUGAACCGCAAGCAUAGUUCGGUUAUAUAAUCAAAUUCCAGUUGCAAGUAACCAAAACGCAAAGUGAAUACUCAAGAGAGUUUGCAAAAAAACAACAAGCCAAGAAAUGCAGUUCAAAAUUGUGACGAAGCCAAAAGCAUUGGUGGGUUCAUCCGGUUUGCUGCACUUCAUCCUCCUGAUUAGUGCCACAAUCUCCCGUCUGGAAUUCGCCGCUGCCCAAAAUGCUGGCGUUGUGGCCGCGGCGGUGGCGGCGGGACAAAACCAAACCCAAGUCUAUGUGACGGAGUCCUGCCUGCAGAAGCCGUACCGCUGCCCGCAUCCGAAGAUUCAGUUCUAUCUGUAUACGCGCCGCACCCAGGAGCAGCCCGAGUUUAUCAAUGUGCUCGAUGCCAACGCCCUUUACUACACGCACUUCAAUCCCCGCCAUCCGACGAAGAUAAUCAUCCACGGCUUCGGGGGAGGUCGCGAUCUGAGUCCCAGUCCCGACUUGCGGGAGGCCUACUUCAGCGUGGGCGACUACAACAUCAUCAUCGUGGACUAUGCCGAUGCGGUGAAGGAGCCCUGCCUCAGCCAGAUGGACUGGGCGCCCCGCUUCGGCAGCCUCUGCAUCUCCCAGUUGGUCAAGUACCUCGCCCGACAUCCGCGCGGGGUGCAGCCCGAUGACCUUCACUUCAUCGGCUACAGCGUGGGUGCCCACAUAGCCGGACUGGUGGCCAACUAUCUCAAGCCCGAGGAGGGAAAGUUGGGGCGCAUCACUGCCCUGGAUCCAACGAUAUUCUUCUACGCAGGGGCCAACAACUCCAGGGAUCUGGACACCACCGAUGCCAACUUUGUGGAUGUUGUGCACACAGGAGCGGGGAUACUCGGUCAAUGGCAUUCCAGUGGACACGCGGACUUUUAUGUGAAUGGCGGCACCAGACAGCCGGCCUGUGUAGGCUCUGCCACACUCUUCCAAACCUUGGCCUGCGACCACACCAAAGUCACUCCCUAUUUUAUAGAGUCCAUAACGACGACUCGGGGCUUCUAUGCCGGUCCCUGUCCCAACUUGUUUACAUACCUAAUAGGCUGGUGCGAGCCCAAGGAUUCCGAGUACGUUCUAAUGGGCGAGCACUGCUCACACAAAGCUCGAGGAAACUACUAUGUUACCACUAAUGCAAAAGCGCCCUUUGCCCGUGGUUUCCCAGGUAAGGGGCGUUCCAAUGGCGAAUACCAGGGAGUACGGCGAUAAUGAAAAUUCCUUAAUUUUCACAUUUUUCGUUGGCUUUCGCUCUGUGGUGCAGACGAGUUCAAAGCGGUUCAGAAUUUGUCUCAUAAAUAAAUUUCAAAACAUUCCGAAGCAACCUCGAACCUAUUCUGAACCCGAGUGCAUUCUUUCAUCUUUUACACCGUAGCACUGAUGUGAUUAUAGUUUGUUUCCUAAUUGUACGAAUCAUAUUUAUUUAAUAUAUUUUUGUUGUUAGUCUUAGCCACCGCCAUGUUUGCUGGGAGUUGCGACAGAGAAGCGACAUCCAAUCCCAAGUGUUUCGGGUUCUGUACAAAUCAAUGAAUCUAAUCAUUAAGUUGUAGGCUGAAAGUUGUUUCAAAUAAAAGCAAAAUACACUCAAUAUUUGUUGGCAUAAUUCUUAACAAGUUCAUUUUAUUGAGUUCCAAAUACAAUUUUCGUUAAGGUAUAUUUUAGUUUUGAAUUUAGACGUUUAAAUAUGGUAAUUCGUAUAGCCAGAUGUCACGCAGUAGUUUUUUCUCGUUCACAGUGUCAUAACUCUUUAAAUAAAUUUGAGUAAUAUUUUUGGUAAAUUAUUUUGGGAAGCUGGAUGUUAAAUGAAAAUCUUUUGGUAUUGAGCUUGAGUCUUUCGGAAUCUUUUCAGUUGCAUUUCAUGAAUAUUAUUAAGGAUUUGUUGUUCUGUUAUGAGCAUACAUUGAAGUAUAUAUGUACGUAUAUAAGUAUAUAUAUGUAUAUUAACUUGGUUUAUCGACCAUUCAAAUUAUACAACAUGGGCGGGUGUUGCCAGAAAAGGGAUCUCCAUUUGUUUUUUUCAAUAUUUGACUUUGAUUUAAUUUGUAGCAAUUUGUAUACAGUACGCUCAAUAAACAUAAAGAAUACAUUGUUUGAUUUUGUCUUAUAUAUACACAGUUCCAGUAUUGAUGAUCCAAACCUUUCUU